AGCUACAGGAAGAGGAAGCGCCGGAGUGAAGCUGUUACUGAGAGGAUUUCCGAGGCCGAGCCUCUAACAAAAGGCGGCCGCCAUGGACAGGCUGGGCACUUCCGAGAGCCUGGCCACAAAGAGGCCACCGCGCUUGGCCACUGGCUCCGGGCAAGCGAGCUUGGAUUCACCGGAAAGCCCUCCAGGAUCUCAUGUUGAAUGGUGUAAACAGCUCAUAGCCGCUACUAUUUCAACCCAGCUUUCGACGACACCAGCACCGGAUACCAUCUCUAAAGAUUACCGGGGUACCAGGAGGCCUAAACUAAGGGACAAUCAGGAUGGCUGCAAUGAGUCCUCCCAUUCUGAUGCUGACCCUGAACUGGGUGUACAAUCCUUGGUGCUAAGGGAUGGAAAUAAACUGGCUCAAAUGGAGGAGGCACCGCUUUUUCCAGGGGAAGCUAUCAAAGCAAUUGCCAAAGACGUCACGUACAUCUGUCCUUUCAUUGGGGCCAUCAGUGGAACACUCACUGUCACUGAAUACAAACUGUACUUUAAAAGUGUGGAGCGGGACCCCCCUUUCACCCUUGAUGUUCCACUCGGGGUUGUGAGUCGUAUUGAAAAGAUUGCUGGCAUCCAAGAGAAUUCCUGUGGCUUGGAAAUCGUGUGCAAGGAUAUGAGAAAUUUGCGGUUUGCAUACAAACAGGAAGAACAUGGUAAACUUGAGAUCUUCGAGAACCUGACACAGUACGCCUUUCCUGUCUCGAAGAACUUGCCACUGUUUGCGGUGAAGUAUAAGGAGAACUAUCCAGUUCAAGGCUGGAAGGUAUACGACGCAGUGGCAGAAUAUAAAAGACAGGGAUUACCAAAUGAAAGUUGGGUCAUCAGUAAAAUCAACAGCAACUAUGAACUCUGCGAUACUUACCCUUCAGUUGUGGUGGUACCAUCUAGUGUCAAAGAUGAUGACCUUUGUAAAGUGGCAGCAUUUCGAUCGCGUGGACGAAUCCCAGUUUUGUCUUGGAUCCACCCGGAAAGCCAAGCGACGAUUACUCGAUGCAGCCAGCCAUUGGUGGGGCCAAAUGACAAACGGUGUAAGGAGGAUGAGAAAUAUUUACAAACCAUCAUGGACGCCAAUGCCCAGAGUCACAAGUUAAUCAUCUUCGAUGCUCGGCAAAGUAGUGUGGCAGACGCCAGUAAGGCAAAAGGUGGAGGCUAUGAGAGUGAAUCUGCCUAUUCAAACGCUGAGCUGAUAUUCUUGGAAAUCCAUAACAUCCAUGUCAUGAGGGAGUCCCUCAGGAAACUGAAGGAUGUCGUUUACCCUGUGAUAGAUGAGGCCAAGUGGCUGUCAAAUAUCGAUUCAACUCAUUGGUUGGAAUAUAUAAGGAUCCUUUUAGCUGGAGCCGUUCGGAUAGCAGACAAGGUUGAAUCAGCAAAAACCUCAGUUGUGGUCCACUGCAGUGAUGGCUGGGACCGGACUUCUCAGCUAACGUCCCUAACCAUGCUGAUCCUGGACAGCUACUAUCGAACGAUUAAGGGAUUUGAAGUGCUGAUCGAAAAGGAGUGGCUAAGUUUUGGACACAGAUUUGCAGUCAGAGUAGGACACGGUGACGAGAACCAUGCUGAUGCUGAUCGAUCGCCCAUCUUCCUUCAGUUCAUUGACUGUGUGUGGCAGAUGACAAAGCAGUUUCCUGCAGCCUUUGAGUUUAAUGAGCUCUUUCUAUUGACUAUCCUGGACCACCUGUACAGCUGUCUGUUUGGGACAUUCCUUUAUAACAGUGAGCAGCAAAGAAUGAAGGAGGAUGUGCAGAAAAAUACAGUCUCCCUCUGGUCCUACAUAAACAGCCAGCUGGAGGAGUUCACCAACCCAUUUUAUGUCAACUAUGAGAAUCACAUACUUUACCCAGUCGCCAGCUUACGACACUUGGAAUUGUGGGUAAACUACUACAUCAGGUGGAACCCGAGGAUGAGACCUCAGUUGCCGAUCCACCAGACUUACAAGGAGCUUCUCGGUGUCCGGGCUGAGCUGCAGAAGAAGGUCGAGGAGCUUCAGCGUGAGGUCAGCAACAUGGCAGUGUCAUCUUCCUCCGAACGAGCUUCGCCCACACAUUCAGUGUCACCUGUGCAGACAACAGUGUGAAUCCACCAACCAUCCUCCCUGCCAUGCUUCUUUGCUGGUACCUGAGUCACUGAAGUUACGACUGCAACAUGUAUAUGGGAGCUGUAAAUACGGCUGAUUCUGUAUAUAAAUGUGCACGAGUGUGCAAUAUUUUGCAGUGUACUUUUAGGUUUUUGUAAACCUGUGAGGAUAUCUCUGUUGCGCAACUGCUUUAUUCUGAUUUUGAGACCUAUGGUGGAAGGGUAAAUCUGAGUGCCACUGUGUAACUGGCCUAAAAUUUAGUGCCAAUCCAUGAAUUAGCCAGAAAGGUCUGGGGAGGAGGGUUUGGAGGCAAAGGCAGAUGGAUCUGAUGGAUUUGCCCAGGCAAAGGACCAGAGUGCCAAGUUUCCUUUGUAGUCUGCUCAAAUGACUCAACUUUCACCUCUGUCCCUCCCACAACACAAACCACUUUAUUGGCCAUAAUCAGCUGGAACCUGUGACUUGGGGUUGGUAGGUGGAUAUCCUAUCAUAAUCCAGAGAAAUCAGUUCGAUUUUUGUCUUUUCUUUUGUAGACAACUUGACGAUUGCUAUUUUAACUUCUUCUCGUUAAUAGAAUAUGUAUAUUUUUAUGGCUGUAUCCCCAUCACUAAAUUUAUCAUUGCAAAUGAAUGUAAACACUUUGCAGAAGUUUCCCCUGUGGGUUUCUGAAGCCUUGGGAAGCUGUGUAUUCAUAGUUUUUUAAGAUUUAGCGUUUGACAAAAUCAGCAGCAAUAUCCUCAUCCAUGAGAUGCACAAAAUUGAAAUGUCAUUGCGUCUGGAACAUAACAGAGUUAGUAAACUUCUUUUCCUCACAACUUCAUCUCCCUUUCAAGUGUGUGGGGGCGUUUUCUGUGUCGGGGAAGAGGGGUUGCACGUUUCCAUGCUGAGGGGGAAUUCUGCCAUCAAAACAUUGAGCCUGUUUUGUGCCAGGAGUGCUGUAGUAUAGCAGACAACUCAAAUUAUUUCUAAGAAUGAAGAGAACAAAAAUUUUACAAAACAAGCUUUGCAAAAAUCAUAAGAGAAGCUGCAAAUUUCCUGAAACCAGGACUGCCUUUCAUUUGUACAAAGAGGAAGGUGUCCUUUUGUAUCUUUGCAGAAUUUGAGCACCAGGUUAAAAGUCUGAUGUAAUGCGUUUCUCAUUCCAAUUAUUUAUCAAAUCAUACAACAUUUCGCAGAUGUGUCCCUUCUACUUUUACAAAAAUGCAGGUUUCAGUCAUUACAUGCAUUAUUUUCAUGGCAUUUCUACAGGGUUAUGCCUUUUUUUCAGUACUUAAAAAGUAGUUUUGGUUUUAAAAAAACAGAGGCAUUGCAUGUUUUAACCAUUGACCCAAAUGGCCUUUACAAGUGUUAUCUAAAAAGGCCAAAGGAUUCAACUUCUGUCCAUGUCUUUGUAGAAUUAAUGUAUUUGGGAUGAACAUCUGAGGUUUGGCUUUGAAUAGACCAAAGCUGAAUUUCAUUUGGAUUUUUGGUGGGAGCAUGCAUGUUUUCAGUAUUCCAGACUGAUCAUUUUUAAGUUUUACCUGGACCUAGAAACUUAACAGUGAGCAUAAUUAGAUAGUGGCCCAUGUCUGGAUUGCCCUCCAAUUAGCAAAUACUGAAAGUGGCUGCAAGUCUGGAAUAGUAACACCUCAUCAUGUUCUGUAGCAAUUCCAAGUGCUAAUUUUGAAUUUUCUGUAGAUUUUCAUCUUCUCCUGUCUGUGUUUUCUGUCAAAGAGCUCUAGCAAUCCCACUGCCAGUGUUGCUACCAAUGGACAAAUCUCUGAGGCAGAUAAGCAAUUCUUUAAACCACAACGCAAUGUAUUAAUUUACAAGCAAAAGCAUUUUACUUUGGUGAGUAUUUGGCAUGUACAUAGAGGGUGUUUGCCUAAUGCAUUACAUUUUAAUAUAUGCUGUGAGGCCCUAUCUGCCCUCUCAGGUCAUUGCAAAAUAUUCCAUGGUACUUCUUGAAGAACAAGAGACUUCGCUCCAAUGUCCUGGCCAAUGUUAAUUACUCAAUGUGCAUCACUGAAACAGACUCAUCGUUGUUUGUGGGAACUUGCUGUGUGCGCACUGGCUGUUUGACUAUACUAUGACAGUGACUACUCUUCAAAUUUAUUUCAUUGGCUGUAAAGUGCUUUGAAACAUUGCAGAGAUGUGAAAGAUGCAUAAAAAGGCGAGUUUCAUUAAUUAUCUGAACACAGUGACUUAUUGGCACUCAAUAGUGAACAGUUUAACUUGUAGCUUCAGAAGUGAUAUCACACCCUUAAAAAAGGAGCAAAAUUAAUCAUUUGAUGAAAAAAAAGCCAUCUUUAUUAAGUUGUUUUUCUAAAAAAAAAAUCUGUCAACGCCGUAGCUUUAUCAGUUUAGGGGACCUGUCUGUCAGAUGGUUUAUUUGGUGGAUAUGUCUGGCACAUGCAGUGCCCAUAGAGGACUGCAGGGCAUGGUGCAAAAUGAGGUUGACAAAGUUUGAUGAUGACAGUGAGGGGUUAGUGGAGAAACAGUGGAUGGAGAGCACUUCCGUAAGGGAGGGAUGUGAUUGAUGGAAUAGCAUGGGUGAGAUGAUAGAAAUGUUUAAGUACAACAAAAUGGCAGUGUGAUUGAUUAUUUGGUUCAGCUUAUUAUUGAAAAAACUGUUAAAUUGUGGCAAGAAUUAAAUUCACUUCAUUUGAAUGAAAUGUUUUUGGAAUAAACUGUCAGCUGAAUUAAAAGAAUACAUUGGUUUUAAUUCAAUAGAUGAAGAUUAUGAUGACAGUAUAGAAACUCUACAGUCAGGACUAACUUCAGUGCAUUUGCCACCACACAAACAUUGACCCGAAGAUGGAUCAACUACAGUGUCAUGACAAAACCUGAAUCCUGAACAAGGACUUUGUCAGGGAAUAAGAUUGGUAGUUAAGCUUUUUUUUUGUGAUGGUUGAGGUUGUAUUUAUAACAAGUAGACUUCAAAGAAAUAACAGGGUUUUCCCAGAAAGAUACUGAGCUCAUCAGAUGAAAACCUGCCUUUUCAAUUUGGGAGCAAACAUUCCCAAUUUUGCUUUCACCUGCAAGAUGGAACAACAGGCAGACCUUAGACAAAAAACUUGUGUUUUAUAUUCCUCCGUUUUUUUUUCACAUUGGCACAACUUUGUGUAGUUAUUUUUUUCCUCAGACAACACUUCUGAUUCUGUGAAAAAGUAGAAAUCCUGUAUUUAAAGAAGUAAUGUUCCAAUAAAGAUAUUUGUUUGUGGAAGUUU